AUGUCGGAAUACGCUUCCUAUUUUGAACAAGACUCUUCAAAAUGGUCCUUAAUGGACUUUGACAGCUGGUGUCUACAAAAAAUAAACGGCUGUCAUUCUAACAAAAUACAUAGAAUAUUUUAUAAAAAUAUGAACGAAAUUUUGUUGAAAAGUUCAACAACCGAAAAAGAAAGAAAUCAAGCUCGUAAUUUAAUAAAUAAAAGAAAGGAACAUGUAAAGCUUGCCAAUGCGUUAUGGGAUAAUCCUGAU